AUGGCGGAAAUACAAGAGGAAAUUCAGCAGGAAGCAUUCCCUAUGUUCAAUUACGCAUUUUAUCCAGACGGAUCCCAACAGCARAGUUUCAUAGAUUAUGGAAGCUCAUCUUCAUAUGAUUUAGACAUAAAUAAGGACGACCGGUCGAUUUACACGAGGUCAAAACAUUAUCAUUAUUAUUGUUCAAGUGACACGUUUGUUGGUCUUCAUGCUACUCUGCCUUUAUUCCGUCCAUCAAGCACAGUUUUCCCAACUAGGAGCCUACCUAACGCACGAUAUUAUCGUUUAAGGCCAAUAACUGACUUUAGAAUGACUAUCAUUGAACAAAUUGGGGAUUUUUAUAGAGAGUAUCCUGAUAUCACAUUUCCAGUAGGAAGACAGACAGUGAAUGAACUCCUAGACUGUGAACCGUGGAAUAUCGGCUCCUUUGGUGCAACUAAGAGUCAGGAACUGCRGGAACAUUUUCAUCAACCUCUUGGYAUUUCUAAAUGCGAGUUUCAACGAUUUGCAAAAUCACUUGUGACAAAUCCAUUAUAUCAUAGCCAUACUGACAUAAAAAUUAAUAAGGAGGACCAAGUGCGCACGCCUAAAGGACUGAGAUCAGGAUUACUUGACAUCCAUCCUGAUUUACUCUUUGAAUUAGUUAAUGAAAGCAUUAAUCAACAKAAACACGAAUUGCUACACUUCGACCUGUUUCAAGGGAACRUAUUAGCAUACUGUAGGUUUCCAGGCAACCUAUCAUCCAAUAAUAUGCUAUUUUAUCCAAGUGGACUCAACUUAGAAACACUAAACCUGAAUGUAUUGACUUUUGAAAUAAAAGAUGGUGAAUGGAUACCAAAGCCCUCUUUGGUGAAUCCCUGCGAUGACAUUGUUAUUGAUGGCGCUAUCAGGCAGAUUGAUGCUGCUUCUGUGCAGGGUAGUGUUGUUGCUGCCACACGUACACAAUACAGCUGUAGAUUUUUAGGCAUUCAAGACGAUUCUAAUGAGCAAAUAACUCUGAAGGCAAUGGACAACUUUCAGUGUGAAGAUGAGCUUGUUCAUCUAUCUGUAAGUCCAUAUAUACAUGGGGAUGCUGUGGUUGUAACUAAUAAAGGACAAGUACAUAUAUGGAAAUGUGGAAACAGAGUAGACACGUUAGAUACACCAUCUCUAGCCCCUGAUAAAAGAUGGCCUUGGUACCAAAGUGUUUAUGGUGGACAUCCAAGAUGUAUUUUGAUUACCAACACAGUAGAAGCUGAUAUCAUGGAUAUAAGGACUAAUAGAGCCCCACAAAGUUUCUUCUCGAUCAACUCAAAGCAAGUGGACCUCCAUGAAUGUAUUUCAGCAGUGCAACGUCAUCCAUUGAAUACUCAUCACUAUUUUAUAGCAACUGACCAAUCACUGCUCAUCAUGGAUGAUCGCUAUCUACAGCAUCCUGUUUUAAAGUGGCACCAUCAUCUUCAGGAUCCUGUCCARUUUAUUCAGGUCCUACCUGAUGUCAUGCCAAAUUGUGAUGAUUCUAUUAUUAUUGUAUCAGGAUCACUUCAUCGAGAGACACAUUGCUUCCAGUACUCUAGUGGGAAACCCACAGUGUCACAGACCCUGACACUGAUAGGUAAUCAUAUUGUCACACCUCCAGUUUCAACCAGUUCACCUUGGAAGGUGUGUUCCUAUGAUGUCUGGCCAUCUCUUCUCCCUCCUUCAGCCUUACCAUUGUCCUCAAUUGUGGAUGAUCGUCUCAAACACUCACUGAUUGGUUUGACAUGUGUUCCUCAACAAAACAAUGGUUUCACUGUAUUACAAAUGUCUUCUCUAGGUGAUCUAUUUUAUCAGCCUCUUAUCCCAAAGACAACACAACAGAAAUUUCACAUGAAUUCAAAGACCAACUCACCUUGUGCAAAUGACAGUUCUUUUUGCAAAGAGUGGAUCAAAGACUUAAUUGAAAUGGAAAAUGCAAGUAAAAGAAAGCAAAUUUUUUUUCCAAAAAUUAAUGCAUCUAMAACAGACUGUAUUAGUGAGUUUCUGUCUAUGAUCUCUCUCAAAACUCCACAUGCAUCAUGUGCACUGUGCAUGGAUUAUAUUGACUGUCCAGAAAAAGAGAUAAAUUCAGUCCCCACUGGAACAAUAUGUCCUUGUUGUGGGAUUGAUGUUACRACUGGAAGACAAUUAAAAAAUGCAAAGAACCAAAACACUGUCACAACUUCCAAGUGCUGCUCAUUUGGUGAACCUUCUCUUGAUUUGAAUAUUUUUACUGAAGAAAAAAAGUUUCAAAAUAGUGUGAGUCAAGGAUUUCGAUACAACUGGAUAUCUGAGGAACCUCAGCCAAUAGAACUCACUAAUAAAACACCACAGGAUGAAACCAACAACAACAAUGAUGAUAAAGGAGAAAUUAAAUUAAGUGUUGUAAUAUCUGAAAUUGAACAAAAAGGGGAAUCCAGCAAUAUAGAUGAUAGUACAUUUGAAAUUGACCAAACACUCAAAGCCAUUUCAACUAUGGACAACAAUAUAUCAUCCAUGCCAUCAACUAAAUGUACAAUGGGAACUACUGGGUCUAAGUCCACCAGUAACACUUAUGCUUCCACAGUUGGAAAUGAAGAAAAACCUGAUACAAUGCUUCCUACUAGUAACUCCAAUCUCUCAUCAACAACAAAUGCCAUUGUUAAAACAAUGCCUGUGGACAAUAUUGUAUCCAUGAAAACAAAUGAUGUGACAAUGGAAAACAUGGAACCAGUGACAAGGUUUCUAUCAAGUCCAAKUAAAGGAAACAAAUCUUCCCCUGUUAAGGCAAAAAAGAAAAAACUUGGGCUGUCAAUGGGUUUUUAAAAGUAUUAUAUUUCAAUAAUUUCAACAAGUUGAUACUUGUUAUUUUCUUUAUGAAUUUGUUCUAUAUAUAUAAAUGAAUAUAAACAUCAGAACUUCACUGAAUGGAUUUUGAGACUGAACUCUAAGCAUACGUCAGAAUUCUGGAAGCUAAUUUGUCACAGUUUGGAGCUGAAUUAGUUUUUAGGGAGAGUAUAAAGGCAGUUUGAUUAAGUUCAGAGAUUUUACCCAAAACACAAAACAGUGMUUAGAGUUUUAAAACUGCAGUUUUAGUUUGCAUACUGAUGGAUUUCAGUUAAAUCUAUUGCAAGAUGGCUGUCAUGUGGUGAAACAACAUACAUUGAAAGUGGUUUAGUUUGAAGGAAAUUUAUAUUUCAUAAAUAAAUAUACAAGAUAUUUGUCUGCUUUUAAUAAAACCUUUUACAUUCACACUUGAAUAUUAAAAUAUGAACAAUUACAAUUGCAUAUGAUUUGGCAGGGCAUAUAGAGMUUUUAAAAAUUGUUACUAUGAUACUGCAUUUAACAAACUACACAACGUUUUGAGUUUUGAGUCUUAUUUAUCUCAUAAAAAGUACAGAACCGAAGUGGACCUACAGGGACUAUUAUAAUGACAACUUGAMAUCCUGGAUAAAGACACAAUAAAGGCAAUCUAAAAUGAGUUUAYGAAGUUGUUAAAAGUCCUCCAAAUAUGYACUGGACAUGAUUUCAAGUCCUUACAGCUACUUAUUUUUACCUUUAAUUGGAACUUGUCGAAGCUCAUAGACCUACUCAUUUCAUCAUGCAUCAUUGUACAAUCUUCAUAGUUUGAUAGUCAGCAAAAUAGAGAUUUCUUGAUAUUUGUUSCACUUGGAUCUUAAAGGGAGUUUCUGAACUUCAUUUUCUAAACUUCAUUUAAAAUAUAUGAUUAUAUGCAAGACAAAUUCCUGUUGUAACUUUGCAUAUCAAAAACCUUGUCAAUACUCAGAAAUUUUGAGGUUCUGUSAAAAUCUUGUUCUAGUUUGAAGUAAUCAAGAAAUCUAGUAUUUGACCAAACAGUCCAUUGGAUUCAUUUAUGAGUAUAAAUUGUACAAUAAUAUACUCCAAUGUGUAUUCCAAAAACAAAAAUAAAAAGUGUUAAA